UCUGUGCCAUUACUAAGCCUGUGAUUGGCACAAAUAAUUGAUAAGUGGUAUUGGAAAAAGAAGCCGUACGAGAUAUUGGGCUACUUUUCUUGCCGAAAGCCCGAGAGUCGAGCUGCUUCUUCUUCUUCUUGUUUAAUGGCGAAUAACUCCUUAGGAUCAUUAUCGCCACCUACUGUACUGGAUGUGAACUGCCAUCUUUCAGAAAGAGGGGUGACUGACAUCGGCCUGAAGGUGCCCGCUCUCCGUGAGGCAUUCGCUACUCUGCUUGCCAGCAUCCACAACCAGGACUUCUUGUUCGUGGUGGGAAAAAGGAUUGUCAUGCGACUGGCAGCAGCUAACAACCAGGAUGUAGUUGGUGUGCUGUUGGCCUACGAGGCCCUGAUUCGAUUCCUGAGGACGUCUUCCAAUCAGGAAUCGAUUAAAGCAGAGCUCAGCUCCUGUGAUCACCACUACAACUUCCUGGAUGUUUUUUAUGAGCUGAUUCUCUUCGGCUGCUUUAUAAAUGGCUCAAAACCUCAGCCAUUUAAGGGAGGAUUCUUGGAGCGCCUGCUUGCGCUCUUCAGCAUGUGGGACGUGGACGUGUGGGAGCCUGCAGCAGAGCUGUACUUCACAGUGCUUAUUGUAAGUGUUGAAUAUCUUCUGAUGCCACGAUACACAAAUUCUCGGGAUUGUAUCUUAAACUCAGUGACACUAUGUUGGAUGUGUGUGUCAUUUGUCAAUAAGAUUACCUUACAGAGCUUGUUGAAGUACUGUUCACUCAGCCUCUGGAGCUGACCAGUGACCCAGCAGCCUUAGCCACCACAGUUCAGCGACUCCUCAAGCUGCACGUCCAGCUGAUGAUGGACAUUUUGGAGGAGCUCUGAGCAAUGUCUUUCCCCUUACCCACUUCAUCUUUUCUUCCACUUCAUUUCAUGUUCUUUUCUCUCACUUCUUUUUCCUACAUUGCUCAGACUCCACAUGUAAGUAUGAAUUAAUUUUAUUUCUAUUUUUGAUUAAAUUAAUAUUUUAAAAAUCUCUUCUCCUUUUUUACAGGUUUGUACAGUGAACCCCAGGACCUGAAGAAGGGCUUAGCCCUUAAGAUCAUUCUUCCCUUAUUAAUCUAUCCCUUUUUAAUCAGUCCCUCUGUUCCUAUCCCUCUCCCCCUAUUCCCAUAAGUUAUUAUUAUAGAUAAUAUAUAGAUAAAUAGAAUUGUUUAUGAAUAAACUUAUUUGUAUAAUGA